UUUGUAUAGCUGUCGGUUCAGGUUAUAAAAAACAGUAGCUGGGUUGAGUCGGAUUUAGUUAUUUUCUGCAGCACAAAAGCAAUCGUGCUAUACAAGAUUGAAAAUGCUACGUGGAAUUCUUUCGUUUCUGGCAUCUGUCGGUUUUGCUUUAGCCCAGUACUAUCCAAAUAAUGGAGGAUUAGGUUUCGGACAGUCAUUACCCGGACCAGGAUACCCCGGGUCAAUGUAUCCAGGAGCGAGUUUAAAUUCAGUGCAACCACCAAACUACUAUCCGGGAUAUUUCCCCCCCUCGGCAAUGGCUAAUUUACCAAUGGCACCUGGCAAUGUUGGUAUUAAUCCAGGAGUACUUCCUAUGCCCAUGGCUAUGCCGAUGCCUAUGAGUAUGCCCGUAGCCAUGGGGUCCAAUGAAAAUUCGAACUCAAACGAGAAUGCUAAUACCAACGUCAACAUAAACUCUGGAUCCUACAGAAGAAGUCUCCAUCGUCCGAGCAAAGAAAACUCCAUGAAUAGAAACACCAACACCAACAACAAUAUAAAUGCCUAAGACUCCAAUUUGUCCAGAAAAUAUUUAACGAAUAAAUAUAUUUGAUAA